AAAUAUUUAACACAAAGUCAAACAGAACUGUGAAGCGUACACCAGUAAAAAGCUACUUGAUGCACCAAUAUUAUCUAGAAAUGUCACAUGUAUAAUUAUACACACAUAAAAGGAAUUUUUUCCGCAGAAUGAUUACUUUCACUUUUUAUACUUUAAGUACAUUUUGCUGAAGAUUAUUUUGUACUUCUUCUUCUUCUACCUCUGUCCACAUCAGAUACGAUCCCCAAUGUUCCAGUCAAAGAAGAGAACCUGCUCACAAUCACAAAAGUUGAGUCCAGCUUUGAUGCUACCGCAGCUGAUUUAAGCAUGACCUCUGGAGCUGCUGCCACCACCACCACCCGCUCUGGUCGUGUGGUGAAGGGCCCCCGGCGACUUGUGACCGAUGACAGCCAAACCACUGAUUUCACAGACCAGGAAAAAGGCGAUAAAAUGGCUCCACUUGGCCCCAACGAGGCAGAACGUGGUGUGGAUGCUGUGGAGAGCGAAAACCCAGAUCAGCUGACUGGUGAAACUGAGGUAUCUGACUUGCAGAUUGACUUAAAUGACAACAGUGUUAACCAGGGGAUGGAGGAAGUAGAAGAAGAAGAAGAAGAAGAUGUGGGGGAUUUUGAGGCGAUCACUGAAGACACAGAUGAAGAGUAUGUUCCUGUCGAAGAGCCCGGUUCCUUAUCCCCGUCCACUUCAACGGCACAGAAGCGCAAGGCUCAGAGUAAAACGGAUAAAAGUGAGAAUGGAGAGGCCGUGGAGGAAGACUCCAAGAAGGACUGUGUGCUGUGUCCCAUCUGUAACAAAUCCUUCAGGAGCAAAUACUACCUUAAAGUCCACAACAGGCGACACACAGGCGAGCGGCCCUUUGGUUGCGCUAAAUGUGGAAAGAGGUACUUCAGGAAGGAGAAUCUGUCGCUUCAUGAGGUGAAAGACUGUGCUAAAGUGCAGACGUACACCUGCGUGACAUGCUCCUCCACGUUCAACGGGAAAGUAGAGCUGCGUUUGCACGUUGUGUCCCACACGGGGAAUAUGCCCCACAAGUGUUCAUCAUGUCCUGAACAGUUUAUGCACAAGAAAAACUUGACGAUUCACAUGAUGAAGGUCCAUGGUCAUCCCAAACCACAUGCA